CCAUUGGUAAACGGGGAUGAAAAAUGUUUGGUUAUUAUUGCCACCUCUGCUCAUGGGGUACAACUCAGGUCUUCGUUGAAUAAAAAAAAAUCUCGCACUCGAGUAAACUCCUCGUUCGUUCUCUCAUCCCCUGAGAAUCCCAGUCAAUUUUCCAUCAUUCGAUUCACCAUUGGACAGUCUCGAGUCGUGUUGCGUUCUCACAUGUAGUCGAUUGUUACAUUUGCCGAGGGCUAAUUGUUGGUGUUUUUUGGCUGUUGGACAUAAUUAAAGAAUACGUCAUCAGGUGUCCCGGUUUUAACGACUUCUGUCGGUUGUUCUGGAGGAUCAGGGGGACAUUGUUCUGAGAAACGACACGAGAAAAUUUUCGUCGGUUGAGUUCAAUUAUUGGCAAACGGCGUUUACUCGAGGUGCUUUCAUCCGCCAAUUGUGUCACGUUGGUUCAUUCCCACAGAGUGCAGCAUGACGGAUUCCAUGAAGUUUGGUCCAGAAUGGUUGCGCAAUCUGUCUGGAGACAGUUGUAAUUCCGGUGGCGGUGGUGGUGGUACAGCCAACCUUAUCACCCCCCGGUAUCACUUGGCAGAGCAUAGGUACGGUCGUGAAGAGAUGCUAGCUCUAUUCGAUCGUAAUUGCAAGCCCCCCGAGGCACUGUCAACCCUGCAGACCCUCUACGUGGAGAAAACCCAGCUACCCUUGGCUUUCAUACCAAUGACAGAGGAUGAAACGCGAGUUUGGAACGGUGGUGUGAGUAAUCCAGGUGGUCGUGGUAGAGGUGGUAGUGUUGAUCGUGGAGGACGUGGAAGAACAGGUAGAGGUGGAAUGUAUUCCUUCAGUCGUGGCCCAGUCGGUUUCGAUGAUUCUGGUGAUGGCAGUAGACUCGAUUCACAACCAUAUCCAGGUAGAAGAGUCUACGACAGAUCACAGAGUGAGAGAGGCUGGUCCGAGCGAAAUGGUGUCUCUGAUACAGGUGAAUGGAAUGGCUCAACAAGCCCGAGAAAGGAGAUGAGUCGUGGUGCCAGUGGUAGCUCACUUAUGGAGAGCAAUUGGAGACGACAUCGAGCUGCUGGUGAUGAGGAGGAGGGCUGGAGAAGUACUUCCAAUAAUCGUAAUGAAAAAUGGUCAAGGAGUAACUGGAGGGAUGGUGAAAGGGAGAGAGUUGAUCGUGGUGAGAAUGAUGGUGAUGAGGGUAGAGGUGGUGGACGUUGGGAGACUCGAGCGAGUCAUAGAUUAUCUCACGAUUCUCAUCAUCAUCCACCGAGGACAGCUCGUACAUGGGAGUCCAACCAUCACGAUAAUCACGAUAAUUUGCCUGAAUGGGCAACUGAAAAUCCCAGUGAGAGUGGUGGAAGUUUCGAUGCAUCAGGAGCAUUUCAUGGAGGAAUAUUUUCGGAUGAGGAUGAGGAAGGUGUCACGACUGAGGCCAGACAUCGACGUAUCUCCGAGGGUAACAAUAAUCCAAGUUCUAAAUCGAGUAAUAAGUUGAGCUCUUAUGGUCCCAAUGUCAGUCGUCACAGCAACUCAACGAGUGCAGCUGCACGAGAGAGGCCAAAGUCUCUUCAUCCAUUCGAUGACAAGGAGACGUCGAUGAAUCAAGAGCGUAGAAGUGUUUCACCGACAAAACCAACGAGCAAUACUAGUUCUCUGAAUGCUAAUCAAGUUAUACCAGACGCUGGAAGAAAAGUCCAGACGUCAUCAAGCUCAGCAAAUUUGGUUAAACCAGAGACAAAUAAAGUGCAAGCACCUCAACGCUCAAAAUCCUUCAUCGAACGUUCAUCAAAGCCCCCCCAGAAUGACUCAAGACCUGAAGAAUCCCCCGCACUUGCCACAACCAAGUCCAAACCCCCGAGCAUCCCACCAGCUGAUCGUAAUCCAGCUCCACUACUUCCACCCCCAAAGCCUGAGGAUGAUCUCGACAGAAUGAAUGCUGAAGCAGACAUGUUGGUAGCUAAACUAACAGCUGAUGAGGAGAGCCACAGAGAGGACAUCUCAUCGAUUCCUCCAGUUACAAAUCAUCAACCAUUGACAGCUACUACCCAGGAAAAAUGGUUCUAUCGAGAUCCUCAGGGUGAAGUACAGGGCCCCUUCUUGGCAAAUGAAAUGGCUGAAUGGUGUAGAGCUGGUUACUUCACUUCAGGUUUAUUAGUGAGACGAAUUUGUGAUGAGAGAUAUGCAACACUCGGUGAUCUCAUCACCAUGUGUGGUAGAGUACCUUUUGUCCCCGGCCAUCCAAUACCGCCCCUAAAAAUAUCUGAACAAGUUAUACCACCACCAAUGUCGAAUCUAGUACCAACCAUACUACCUCCCAGUGCCUUAUCCAAACCUGCACUUGAUGAUUCACUGCAAAUGUAUCAACAUCUACGAUUACUUCAGAAUCAACAGGCACUGAGACAAAUGAAGAGUGCGGCAUUUACAAAACUCUCACAAUCCGAGCAAUUUGCUACUCUCAGUGCUGUUGAACAAAAUCAAUUAGUGAUGCAGUGUAUUAUGCAGGAUUCUGAGACACGUGAAUUACCGGUUAAUCCGAGUGCAUUUGUCAGUCCACUUCCACAAACACCGACAAAUCCUGUUAUGCAACUUUUUAAUCAAAUGCAACAGGCUAAAACACCAAAUGAUACUCACAUACCACCAGCGGGAGUUGUACAUCCUGGCCAAGCUGUCGAUACACUCCAGCAAUUUAUCCAGAAGAUUGGCAGUGGACCGAAUUUACCACCACCACAGACGACUAUUAAUGCACCACCUCAAGCACCACAAGAUGAUAAUCCGAUAAAAUCAUUACUUCGACAGCUUCAGGUUAAUGCCAAUGGCCAUCCCCAGGGACAUCUCGUAGACUCGAUCUGGCCCCAGCCGCCUCCACAGAUCAAUCCCCAGUUCAAGGUACAGAAUUGGUUGGCACAGGUGGGACAAUUACCCCCAAUGCCACCAGGACAAAUGCCGAAUUGUCUGUGGGAUAUGCGCGCUAAAGAAAUGAAGACUGAACAACAGAUACUAGAGGAGCAGAAUCUUAAACUACAAGCGGACAGGCAGAAAGAGGAAUUGAGAAGGCAGGAGGAGAUCCUGAGGCAAGUUGAGGAUGAAACUGCGAAGAGAAAAAUGGAGGCAGAGGUGCAUGCGAGACAGUUGGAGGAGGUGAAGCGAAAGGACGAGGAGAAGAAACGUCGAGAGGAGGAGAAAAAACGAAAAGAGGAUGAGAAACGUAAGCAGGAGGAGGAGCUGAAGAAGAAGGAGGAGAAGAAGCGCAAGGAUGAGGAGCGAAAACGAGAGGAGAAGCGAAAAUUGGAUGAGGAGAAUAAUCGAAAGAAGCAGGAGGAGGAGAAGAAAAAACGAGAGGAGGCUAAACGCCAGGAGGAAAAAGUGAAGAAGGAGGAGGAGAGACGAAGAAAACUUGAAGAGGAGCAGCUGAGGAAGCAGGAAGAGGAACGAUUGAAGAAGGAAGAGGAUGUACGCAACAAGUUGGAGUUGGAGGAGUUGGCGAGAAGGGCUGAGCAGAGGCGUCGGGAGGUGGACGCAUUGAGGAAACUUCAGGAACGUAGUAAAGCACCCUGGGCGCAGGCACAGCAUGCAGCACCAGUGGCAACUCAUGCAUCACUCACUGAGAUACAGAGACUGGAGCGUGAAAAGAAGGCAGAGGAUCUUCGUAUGCAGCAGCAAAUUCAACAACAACUUGCACAGCAGAAGACACUGGAGGCUGCCAAGGAGGCAGCUGCUGUUGAUUCGUCCAAACGUCUUCAAUUCAAGUGGGCGGAGAAAACUGCACCCAGCACGAAGCAACCGUUGGUGAAGAGUCUUGCGCAGAUACAGCAGGAGGAGCAGGAACGCAUUGCCAAGGUGAAGCAGCAGGAGAAGGAACGAUUGGAGAAGGCUAAUCAGAAGGAGGCAGCUGUUGUCAUGCAGAAUGCGGGUAUAUGGGGUACAGCAUCACAGUCCCUUAAUUGGGCACCAUCAGCUAAUUCUGGUGGUGAUCUGAAGGGGGGAAAAAAUUGGACGGGCAGUGGAUUCUGGGAUGAACCCGUGUCUAACAAGCCUAUACCUGUUGCCAAAUCACAAUCAACGACGAAAAUUAAUCAAUCAGCUGCUAAAACAAUAGUCAGUCCACCUCAACAACAGCAGAAUAAUAAUAAAGUUGUUAAGGGUAAAGUCAAGAAGGAGGAGGAAAUUGUUAAGAAGCUUUUUGAUAACACUGCCAAGACGGAUGAUUUUCAACAGUGGUGCUACAGGACACUGUGUGGAUUACAACCGUCCGUUGAUAUCCCAACGUUCAUUGGUUUUCUGAAGGAUAUCGAGUCCGCUUAUGAAGUUAAGGAGUAUGUCAGGAUGUACCUGGGGGAUAGUAAACAGACAACUGAGUUUACGAAACAGUUCUUGGAGAAGAGGAGUAAACUUCGAUCAGCGCAGAGACCUAGGGCUGAGGCUGAUGAUCUGUGCAAACCUGCACCUGCUGUCAAUCCUAAUGCUCCUAUGGAGUUUCAGGAAGUCAAGGGAAAGGCGAAGAAACCAAAAAAAGGAAAAAUGUGUAAAGUCGAUAACAGAAUUCUGGGCUUCAGUGUAACAGCAGCAACAGAUCGCAUAAAUGUUGGAGAUCGUGAUUACGGUGAAGGCGUUUGAACGUUCAACAAUAUCCCAUUAAGUAAACUCGAACGUAAAAACCAAGAAACUGUUUUACUGUUAGAAGGAAAAAUCGGUUGACGACAAAUGGGAUGAACGACUUAUCAGAUUGGUUCGUUAUUUAUUUAUAUUUUUUUAAGUUGAAUAAUGAUGAUCCAUCAACAUUGGAUGAACAAUUCUACGCUGACACGAUGGAUGGAGUCAGUCUGAUCCUACAGAAUGUUGAAUUGAAAUAAUGAAGGACUAUGAAAAAUACUUGUACAUACUAAAUAUGUGAAUAUUAAAGAAAAUAAUGAAGCAUUGAGAUGAUUCAACUGCAUGAAUACUUAGAAAUUGCGUAUUAAUUGAACUAUUAUUUUUUUUCUAAUGAAAAUCUCCUAUCGUUCGAGUGAAACAGUGGCUACGAGAAUAUACAUCGACGUGAUGUCGAUAAAUAUCAAAUUCUGUAAAUGUGUCAGCAAUAGAAAUAUUAAAAUCAGCUGAUAUGCGAUUAUUAAAAACGAUAAUUUGAUAAAUACACGACAGCAUGAAGUAAAAACAAAGUUAUUGAAAAUUA